CUCUAUCUCUCUCUCUUUCCCAGCUUUCCCAUUCCCACCAUCCCUUUUUCCAAGGCUGCUGUAAACCACAUCCCUGAGAAACUUUUAUAAAAGUUCCUCUACCCUCAGGUGCCAAGAGCAAGCCUUGUUCAGACCGAGCUACUUACCCAGCCAAACAACUCCAGGAUCCUCCCCACCCCGAGCCCUGCCCCUGGAGAGACUGAAGCGGUGCCCAACCCUGGCUUCUCACCCUUUCCUAACUUUGGCCUCUAAGUCCUCCCCGGAUCUCUGGCAUGUGGUACGUGCACCCGGAGUCAAGCUACUCAGUCUCAUGAGCCAGGUCCUUAGGGACCCUUUCCCUUGACCCUCAGAGCCGGAGGGGGUAAGGAGGAAAAGAAGCUGUCGGAGCCCCUUGGAUGACGACUUCAAAGAAGUCUCAGCCCCUCUACUUGUCCCAAAGGGCAGCCUCCCAGUUUAGGGGCUUGCUGGGUUUUCUUUCUCCUCCUCAAACCUCAGCUCCGGUCACUGCUCAGCCUCCCCAGACUGGGGGCCGCCUCUCCCCAUGUGAAGGGGCUGGCACUGGGCCCCAGACCAUGAUGUUGGGAGCCUCUUGCUGAAGUCUACCCAGAACCCAAAAGCAGUCCAGAGGAAGAGGGGGAGAAGACAGGCAACUGGGACCAUGGCUGUGUCGGCCCAGCUGGCCCGGGCCCUUUAUGACAACACAGCAGAAUCUCCAGAGGAGCUGUCCUUCAGACGGGGCGAUGUCCUCCGGGUGCUGCAAGGAGAAGGGGCAGGAGGACUGCCAGGUUGGUGCCUCUGCUCCCUCCAUGGUCAGCAGGGGAUCGUGCCCGCCAACCGAGUGAAGCUUCUGCCCACUGGCCCCAGCCCUGAGUGCAACCUUUACCAGGUGCCUCCCACUCACCAGAGCACACCUGAUCCAGUCCCUGGGCUCAGUAAUGUGGAACAGGAGGUAUACGUGGUACCUCCACCACCUCGGCCCUGUUCUGCCCCAAGACCCUCAUCUGGGCCCUGCCCACCAUCCCCAGAUACCAUCUACAAAGUCCCCAGAAGUAAUGGGACACAAAUAGACACUCCUGGAGAUGCCCUAGAGGUUUAUGAUGUCCCCCCAGCUGCUCUUCUAGUUCCUUCCAAUGACCCCUAUGACUCCCCAGUUCCUUUCCCCCGUCCCCUAGCCCAAGCAUCCACUCAGCUCCCUGGGGGAGAUGAUGCUCCCUAUGAUGUCCCUCCAGCUCUGAAGCCUUCUCCUGAAUCUGAUCUGGAGUGGGAAGGGGGGCGAGAACCAGAGCCCCCCCUUUACGCAGCCCCCUCCAACCUGAAGCGGGCAUCAGCCUUGCUCAAUUUGUAUGAGGCACCAGAAGAACUUCUGGGAGAGAGCACCUCCACCAGUAGCGACGAAGCCAUCUAUGACGUGCCCCUGCUGGGUCCUGAGGAACCUCUACCUGCUGGACCACCCAGUCCCCCUGGCCCCAAUCCUGCCCCCAAUGAUCUAGAGACCCUGGCUCUGCUCCUGGCCCGGAGCCCACCUCCACCUCCUCGGCCCAGGCUCCCCUCUACUGAGAGUCUGUCCCGGCGUCCAUUGCCUGCCCUGCCUGUCCAGGAACUCUCAGCCCCGUCUCCCAUCCCUUCUCCUGCUUCUGGCCGAAAAGGCAGUAUCCAGGACCGGCCACUGCCCCCACCACCUCCUCGCCUGCCCAGCUACAUGGGACGCAAAACUGAGAGAGACGAGGAGGGAAGAGUGGCUGAUGCAGGGGCAGGGAUGGCAGAUCCCCACAAUGAGUAUGAGGGCAUCCCCCUGGGCGAGGAGUAUGACUACGUUCAUCUCAAGGGGAUGGAAAGAGCCCAAGGGUCUGAUGCCCUGGAUGGGGCCACACCUGGGGGUCCUGAAGCGAUGCUUCGAGAGAGCCCACUGCCAGAGGAGCAGGAGGCCUCGACCCCAGGGGAGCCCCUCGAUCUGCCUUCAGGUGACCUGCAGCUAUUACACUUCUAUGCUGGGCAAUGCCAGAGCCACUAUUCAGCUUUGCAGGCAGCUGUGGCAGCCCUACUGGCCAGUACGAGGGCCAACCAUCCCCCUCGUCUCUUUGUACCCCACAGCAAACGAGUGGUAGUAGCAGCCCACCGGCUGGUGUUUGUGGGGGACACCCUGGGCCGGUUGGCUGCAUCAGCUCCUUUGCGUGCCCAGGUUGGCACCGCCGGGGCUGCUCUGGGUCAGGCAUUACGGGCCGCUGUGCUGGCUGUCAAGGGUGCCGCCCUAGGUUAUCCCUCAGGUCCUGCUGCCCGAGAGAUGGCCCAGCGGGUUGCUGAGCUGGCUGGACAAGCAUUGCAAUUCACCACCCUGCUCAGUGGCUUAGCUCCCUGAGCAUCGCAUUUCCCUCCCUGCCGGACACCCUGCCUUCCUUCCCACCCACCUACCAAUUCCAAUCCAACCUGGCACUCCGUUACCUGCCUUUUCUCCUUUUUUCUGGAGACCUCAGGGAGGUCAUCCUCUCCCCCAUGACUGCCCUGUGGGACAUGGGGGUGGGGGGGUGGGAUAGGCACUUGAUCCCCCUCAAUUUUUUUCAUUCCCUCUGUUCAUCUCAUUCUCCCUUACUUCUCCACUGUGGAUUCUCCUUCCCUUUUCUGUAUCUCCUUCAACAGCUUUUUGUACGAGCCAUUUUAUAUAAAUUAUUUAUAUUUAAUAUUAUUCUCCACAUUGUUAGGGGAGGGAAAGAGGAGGCGCAUGGUCUGUCUUAGGAGGUAGGGGAAGGGGGAGGAUUUCUAAUCUCACCCCCUUCUUGGGCGUUUGGUCCCUUGGCUUCCCCAGCUCAGCCUCAAGAAGACAAAAACGCAUGGCAAAGGCAAAUUGGGGGAGGGCCAGGGAAGCCAUUCCCUCGUAUCCUGUGGUCAGGGUGAGCUCAGGACCUCUGCGCCUCCAAGGAAGAUGGUGAGAUGAGAAUGAGGCGAAGGCACUGAGCCUGCAGCUUAGGCCACCCAGGACUGAGUAAAACUGGAAAUCUUUUUGGAACUGAAAAUGGGGUCGUGGGAAGGCCCCUGUGAAGACGGUGAGGGAAAAGGGGGAAAGUAGAGAGCAUCAUAAACUGGAAUUGUGCGCCUCAAUAAAGCCUGUUCUUUGUUGA